UCAUUUUGGCUACAGUAGAUUUCUGUGAGACGGACAGCAGCGGCGAAGCAGGAAGGGAGAGAGACCGCUGGCUUAAAAAAAAUAGAAAGCAUUUAAACAAUGAAACCGUCGAUGAAUUUCACUACAGCUAAUGAGUAAAACGAAUCAGGCUAUUUAUAUCGUUAAUUCAAUGACGUAACGUUGUUCGGUUAAAGCCUGAGGGUAGCAGCCUGCUAGCUGAGAGAAGGGCUGUGUCAUUGAGGAGACAGGACACGUCAAGACGAGGAAGAAAAAUCUAGGAAGCUGUCGCCAAGUCAGGCUCGGGGAAGAUACAAAAGAGCUGUUCGACUAAGUAUUGACAUAAAUCAAAUUGUCAUCAAACAAGCACAGAAUAGUCUGCGGUUGUCGCAUUGGAGAGGAUCCUCUUACAGCCAUCGCCUCGGAUCAAGGGUAGGCAGUAAGGAUAAGAAUACCGUGUGGCAGUCUUGACUGGAAAACAUAAAUGGGGGAUUACGGGUUUGGAGUCUUGGUACAAAACAAUACUGGCAACAAGUCCGCUUUCCCUGUACGAAUUCACCCACAUUUGCAACCUCCUCACCAUCACCAAAACGUAACACCGAGCCCUGCUGCUUUUAUAAACAGCAACACAGCUGGAAAUGGAAGCACCGCUGGGUCACCCUGGCUGUUCCCAGCGGCCACAGCCCAUAACAACAUGCAAGAUGAUAUGGGCAGUGACAAGCCCAAAGUCCAGCAGCAGGAGCUGCAAGAGACGCAAGAGAAGCAGCAGCUCUCCCCAGUGCACCAAGAGGGUGGCAUCAUUUCAGAGCUUGAGAAAGCUCGCUCCGAAGAGAGCAAACCCGAGAAUGGCACAUCUGAGGGCACCAAUGGCAAGGAGAAGCUGCGCCUCGAGUCCCCUGUCCUGUCACCAUUUGACUAUCAGGAACCAUCUGGUCUGGGCACAGCUGUCCAGUCCAGUACUUCCUCGUCCUCCUUAACCAGCUUUAACAACUGGUCCGCUGCCAUUGCUCCAACCCCAUCAGCAAUUGUAAAUGAGGAUGUGGGUUUUUUCACCCCGGCCAGCAAUGGUCCAUUGCUAUUCCAGAACUUUUCACACCACGUAGGCCCAGGUUUUGGCGGCAGCUUCUCUCCUCAGAUUGGUGCUGUCUCUCAGCACCAUGCUCCUCCACCCCACCCGCACUUCCAGCACCAGCAGCAUCGCCAUUCCCCAGCCAGCCCUCAUAACCCUCCACCUUUCCCCCAUCGUGGUGCCACCUUUGGUCAACUUCCUCAUCUCUCCAGUGGCCUAAACAAACCACCCUCUCCCUGGGGUGCAUACCCGAGCCCCUCACCCUCACCCUCUUCAGCAUCCUGGAGUCCAGGCGGUGGUGCGUAUGGCUCCGGCACUGGCUGGGGAGGAUCUCGGGGUGCUGACUUCCGUCGUGGUUUAAAUGGUGCCGUGACUCCACUCAGCUCUGUCUCACCACUUAAGAAGACCUUCCCAAACAAUCACUCAGCCUCACAGAAGUACACUCGUCCUGGCACCACAUUCACCCCCAAGACCUGGAUGGAUGAGACCGUUGGCCGUAGUGACAAUGUCUUUCCCUUUCAGGAGCGUACUCGAUCAUUUGAUGGCUUCAGUAUGCACUCCCUGGAAAAUUCUCUAAUUGACAUCAUGCGGGCUGAACAGGACACCCUAAAAGGUCGUCUCGGAUUCACCCAUCCAGGAGGGGACAGCCCUUUGCCUAUAAAUGCAAGGAAUUAUGGGAGACGACGAGGUCAUUCGUCUCUCUUCCCAAUGGAAGAUGGAUUUCCAGAUGAGGAGAGGGCAGAGCAGAGCCUGCCUGGCCUGGGCUCUCCCCAUUGCUUUCCUCAUCAGAAUGGAGAGCGAGUAGAGCGUUAUUCACGCAAGGUCUUUGUGGGCGGUCUUCCUCCAGAUAUAGAUGAAGAUGAGAUUACUGCUAGUUUCCGUCGCUUUGGACAUUUGUUUGUGGACUGGCCUCACAAGGCUGAGAGCAAGUCUUACUUUCCACCAAAAGGUUAUGCAUUCCUUCUGUUCCAAGAUGAGAGUUCUGUCCAGGCUUUGAUUGAUGCCUGCAUUGAAGAAGAUGGCAAGCUUUACUUGUGUGUGUCCAGCCCCACCAUUAAAGACAAACCUGUCCAGAUACGUCCUUGGAAUCUGAAUGAUAGUGAUUUUGUGAUGGAUGGAUCUCAGCCACUGGAUCCCAGAAAGACCAUUUUUGUGGGUGGAGUGCCACGCCCUCUGCGUGCAGUGGAGCUGGCUAUGAUCAUGGACAGGCUGUAUGGUGGUGUGUGCUACGCAGGGAUUGACACAGACCCUGAGUUGAAGUACCCUAAGGGAGCAGGGAGGGUUGCCUUUUCUAAUCAGCAGAGCUACAUUGCUGCUAUCAGUGCUCGUUUUGUACAACUGCAGCAUGGAGAGAUCGAUAAACGGGUCAGUUCUGGCUCUCACCAAAACCACUCUAAAAUACUCUCCAUCCUCCCUUCAUGGAAAGAGGCAAAAUACACCGUUUUAACUAACGUGGAAGUGAAGCCAUAUGUAUUGGAUGACCAGCUGUGUGAUGAGUGCCAGGGCACACGGUGUGGAGGCAAGUUCGCUCCAUUCUUCUGCGCCAACGUCACAUGCCUCCAGUAUUACUGUGAAUACUGCUGGGCGGCCAUCCACUCGCGUGCUGGCCGAGAGUUCCACAAACCACUGGUGAAGGAGGGUGGUGACCGCCCUCGCCACAUCUCCUUCCGCUGGAACUGAGGUUACACAGGCAGGGGGUGAGAGGGACGAGGGAGAGUAGGUCAUUUUAGGCACAUUUUUCACAGAUGGGAAAACUCCUUUUUGCAAUACCUCAAUUUUUCGCAUUGUGAAAGGUAGCUUUUGUACUUUUGUUACUGAGAGAUCUGCAUAUAUGGAAAUUUUCUUUUAAGAGAAAAAAAAGUCAAGUGAUUUUAAUAUAUAUUAUUUUCAAUUAUGCUUUUUAUACAUUUCAGUGCUGAGGAAUCUUUACAACUAAGCGCACACUUGAGUUGAUGCGACUUCAGAUCUGCAGAGGAAAGAUCAAAAGUAUAUUGCUUAAGGUCUUGGAUCUUGUACACUAGAUUUUAAUGACAAUAUAUAUUAAGAAAAAAUUAAAUAGCAUGGCAAAAACAAGUUGUCAUUAAAUUAAUGUUAAUAUUCAAAAUGGUUAUCCUAGUUGGAAAUACUUGUCAUUUUGGUUUCCUCUCCAUAGCUGGAAUAUAAACUAUAAUCUAAGGAGAAUGCUAAAUUUGGCUGACUCUCGUAUCACAAGAAUGGAUGUUUGAUGUUUAGAUAUUUUACCAUUUAAAAAAAUAUAUAUAUUCUUGAACUGCCAAAUAGCUCCUAUUGUAAUCCUUAGCAUGCAUGAUGACAAAAAUAAGUACAUGAAAUAAUAUGAAAAUUAAUUGUUGUGGUUGUGCACCAGAUGUUUCUAAACUUUUUAAUUUGUUAAGGACACCCUGCACCCUCUUGUAUAUUACUCUUUUAUGCCUUCCCCAUAAUCCAGUACAUUCAGGAUGCACAGGAAAAAAGCUAAAAUUUAAGCAAAGAAAGAACUUUCAGAAUUAAAUGGAAAAAAUUAAAAUUGGCCAUGCAGAACGAGCAAUUUAUCAGACACUGUUGAAAAGACUUGAGAACUUCAUCCCUACUGUCUGUCUGAGGUAAAACCAGAAACCUAUUUGGAGGAAGGGGGAACUUUAAGACUUGAAUGUGGUAAAUGUUGCAAGUUAACUUCGAGUUGUUAUGUGCAAUACUUUUUUUGAACCUUUUUCCAGAUAAGGACUCUUUGCAAUGUAAUUCUUUAAUGCCAUUUUUAAUUGCUGACAUUUAAAAGAAGAUGUUAAUAUGUUUUUCACAGUCAUUUUCUACUGUUAUUGUAAUCCUUUUCAUGCUGGUGUUUGUAAAAAAGAACAGAAAUCAAAACUAUUUGUACUAAUAUAAAAUAAUUGAAGUUAUUUUUAAAACAUUAAAGGUUUUUGUGCUCAUUUGCUUAUUUUAUUUCAAGCUACUGUGAUUGCAUUGUAAUUAUUAGGUCAAUAAUGUAUUUAGCUGUUUAUUGGUAUAUUUUUAAUUGGAAUGUAUAAUUAAUUUUUAUAAUUUUGAUCAGAUUUUUUGUUAUAUUUUUGAGGUGAAGCUUUUAAUAUGUUAAAGUGUCUAGUUUUUACUAAUUGCUAUAUUGUGCUCCACAAUAUAUGGUUCACAUUUUCUGAAGGAAAAGAAAUAUUUAAAUAUGUCUGUUAAUGAUGUUACUUAAUGGCAAAAUUUCAAUAGUUUUUAACUGUGUAUGGGAAGGUUGUUGUAUUUAUUAAUAGCAUUUUUUUACUUAAGAUAUCACCUUAAUUUUUAUUGUCAUUUCACUUUAUAAGUUCCUAUUUUUGUAUUUUCCUUUGUAAUUAAGUUAUGUUACACAAAUGUCCAUAUUCUAGGAGUUGGUCUGUAAGUGCUAGUGAAACAAAAAGAAAAAUCUAAUGUUAUUUAAUUGUUUGCAGCCAACUAUUUAUAACAAUAUGCAUAAUUUUUAAAUAUUUGUAAUGUGAAAUGUUGAAUGAAUAAAUCUUAACUGUGACAAGGCACAA